UCUUUCUUCAGUCGAACUUCUGAGCCUGUGUUCUUCAGCAUCGUGCACUGUGCCGCAAAUAUUUCAAUGCAAUUCCACUUCCCUUUGAUGUAGGCCACUUUCUGCAGGACAGAGCCACAGCCCACAGCAACAGGGGCAUUUGAAACGUCUGCAUACAGCACAAGGAAGAUCGUGAUCUUGCAGCGGAUGCGAAGUUCUUCAAAAGGGAAAGCUGAUUCUAGGCUGCUGAGCCAAGCGCUGUCGGUGUCAGAGUAUCGAACUUCAACGGAGCCGAUGUUGAAUACUGUGGAUUAACUCCAUUGACGUCGUUGGACUUAGGUGACGGUGGAAAAGACUUGACUGUCAGUUUCCGGACGAACCACGUUGUGAUGCGGCUUUGCGUGUAACGUCUCCUAAAGGAAGCCGCCGGCUAAGGAGACAGAAUGGGACCACCACUAUUCGCCAUCAAGGACUGUACGCCACCUUCGAAGCUUCUUUAUGUCGUCUGGUUUCUUAUUGCACUGGCCCUAGCAUUGGCUGCGAGACCAGUGGGUGCGAUCUCCGAGCCCCGGGCGCCGCACUUCCUGCACGAGCCGCCGUCGCGCGUCGAGUUCCUGAACGGCACGGGCGCCGUGGUGCCGUGCGUGGUGCACGGCUCGCCCGCGCCCCGGGUCACGUGGUCCACGCGCGCGGGUCAGCCACUGCACGAGGUGCCGGGUCUGCGCCACAUGCGCGCCGACGGCUCCCUCGUGCUGCCCCCGUUCCGAGCCGAGGACUUCAAGGAGGACGUGCACAGCGCCAUCUACCGCUGCCUCGGCACGAACUCGUUGGGCACCAUUGGCAGCCAUGACGUGCGUGUCCGCGCCGUGCUCAGACGCCGGUACGACGUGAAGGUGUACGAGGAAUUUGUCAUCAAGGGCAACACGGCUGUUCUACGCUGCCAUGUGCCUGAGUUUGUUCGAGAAUACGUCGCCGUGACCGCAUGGCUCAUCGACGAGACCGUCAAGGUCAGCGCAGGAUUCCACCGUGGUGACAGGUACAGCCUCUUCCCGACGGGGGAGCUACACGUGAGGAGGGUGGACGCCACCGACGCCAUGUCGCGCUACCAGUGCCAGACGCAGCACAGGCUCACGGGCGAGGUCGUCAACAGCCCGUCGAGCAGGAAGAUCACUGUCAGAGAAUCGUUCGCCAUGUCCCCUCGCAUCAUCGACAGCCGGCGCCAAGUGCGGGCCGACCAGGGCCGCUCGGCGCAAAUACCCUGCGCCGCCCAGGGUAACCCAGUGCCCGGCUACCAGUGGUUCCGCAAGGUGCGGGGACAGGCGCUGCCCGUCAUGCAGGGAGGCCGCUUUCUACACCUCGACGGCACACUCGUCAUCAACCAGGUGACCUUAACCGACGCUGGAAUUUAUACUUGCUUCGUCAAUAAUACUUCUGGCUCGGACACCACUGACACUGAACUUCAAGUUACCGCGCCGCUCUCGGUGACGGUGCUGCCGCGCAGCCAGAAGGUGGACGUCGGCAAGUCGGCCACCUUCAACUGCUCGGUGAGCGGGUUCCCCGUGAACGGCGUCGAGUGGUACCGCAACCAGCGGCCGCUGCUGCGCGGAGUGAGCCACGCACCGUACAGCGUCACCGUGGUACCCGUGCGCCGCGAGGACCGCGGCGUGUACCAGUGCUACGCGUUCAACGACCAGUCCUCGGCCCAGGGCGCCGCGGAGCUCACGCUGGCCGAUGACCCGCCCAUCCUGCGCGAGACCUUCUCGGAGCGCACCCUGUCGCCGGGCCCAUCCAUAUCCCUCAAGUGCAUCGCGGCCGGACGACCACUUCCCCAGGUCACGUGGUCCCUGGACGGGCUGCCCGUUCCCGAGAAUGUCCGCUUCCGCAUGGGCGACUACGUGACGAGCGAGGGCCACGUGGUGAGCUUCGUGAACAUCUCAGGCGUGCGGGCCGAGGACGGCGGCCUCUACCGCUGCAGCGCGGGAAACGACGUGGGCGUCUCCGAGCACGCGGCUCGCCUCAACGUGCACGGGCCCCCGUUCGUGCGUCGUAUGGGCAACAUGUCCGUGGUCGCCGGGGAGACGAUGCGGCUAACCUGCCCCGUCGGAGGGUACCCCAUCGACGCCAUCACCUGGGACAGAGAAGGCCUCCGGCUACCAUACAACCACCGCCAGAAGACCUUUGCUAACGGCACCCUAGUCGUUCAAGACGUGGAGCGAGCCACGGACGAAGGCCUCUACUCCUGCACGGCUCGCAAUAAGGACGGCCUGACGGCGCACAACACCGUGUACAUCAAAGUGCUGGUUCGACCAGCCAUAGUGCCCUUCGCAUUCCCGGAGUCUCUGCAUCAGGGCCAGCGCUACAACGUUCUUUGCACGGUGUCCAAAGGCGAUGCGCCGGUCCACAUCAACUGGUACAAGGACGGCGUCCCCGUCAUCACCGCGGGCUUAGCCUCCGUGAGUGUGCUGAACGUGACGGAGUUCUCGUCGACUCUAAUCUUCGAGAAACUGCUGCCGGAGCACCGAGGAAAUUACAGCUGCGAAGCCCGCAACGAGGCCGGCGCGGUCACGGUCACCUCCACAAUGGUAAUUCAUGUGCCACCGAUAUGGCGCAUCGAGCCAUCCGACACUAUGGUCGUUCGUGGUGGAACGGCCAUCGUCGACUGCCAAGCGGAUGGUUUUCCCGUGCCUCGUGUGAGGUGGACAAAAUCUGAAGGCGACGUUCCUGGUGACUACAGGGCCAUCAGCAGCAGUUCACGAAUCCACGUAUUCGAGAAUGGCUCACUUGCUGUCCACAACGCCGAGGAAAAAGACGCUGGCUUCUUUCUUUGUCAAGCUUCCAAUGGAAUAUCGCCGGUUCUCAGCAAAGUUGUGAAGCUCAGCGUCCAUGUGGCUGCUCACUUUAAAAUGAAAUUUAAGGCCGAAAGCGUUCAGAGAGGCCACAUCGCCAGGCUUCGCUGCGAAGCCUUUGGAGACAAGCCGGUUAUCAUUACCUGGUCAAGAGACAAACAAUCAUUCGACCCGAAGGAGGACCCUAGAUAUGAACUGAACGAAACAGUGCAUGGCGGUGGCAUUGUGUCCGAAAUAACGAUUCGGGGUGCGGACCGGCGGGACUCGGCCCUUUUCACGUGUCUCGCCAGAAAUGCCUAUGGCUCCGACGACACGAACAUGCAACUGAUCCUUCAAGAGCCGCCGGACAGCCCGCAAGAAGUUAAACUGCUGGAGUACGGUAGUCGGCACGCGAAGCUUUCCUGGAUUACACCAUACAGCGGAAACAGCGCUGUCACCAAGUAUAUCAUACAGUACAGAGAAGACACAGAAUCAUGGCACCACAAGUCCUCCAACGUAACCGUACCGGGCUCGGAAACGACCGCGGAGAUUCGAGGCCUACGUCCGGUGACACUUUAUGUCUUCAGGAUUUUCGCUUUCAAUUCCUUGGGGCACAGCGACGCCAGUACCGAGACGCACGUGCGAACGGAUGUUGAAGCACCUGGCGGGCCACCACAGAAAGUUAGGGCUGAAGCAACAGGCUCACAGUCGAUCAAAGUUUGGUGGAAGCCUCCAAGAAAAGACCUACAAUUUGGCCCAUUGAAAGGUUACUACGUGGGGUAUAAAGUGAAAGACACCACGGACACUUAUGUUUACAAGACUCUUGAGCUCACUCCUGCAAACCUUCACGACGAGUGUCACAUCACCAACUUGAAAAGAAACACCGACUACAGCGUCGUAGUGCAAGCUUUCAACACGAAAGGAGCGGGGCCUCCAUCGGAGGAGAUAUUCGUUAAGACGCUAAAGAACGAUCCUCCAACCUCUCCGGCAGUCAAGGUUCAGUCGUCUACAUCAUCAUCCAUAAGCGUAUCUUGGAAAGCAUCCGACACGAACGAUGUCCUAGGUUACGUGCUGCACGUGCGAAAAGACUUGGGCGAGUGGAACAAGAUUAACGUGCCUCGAGAUGCAGCUGAGUACACCGUGGACCAGCUGACAUGUGGUGCUUCGUACCAAGUCUACCUAUCCGCUUUCAAUUCGGUUGGCAACGGGGGACCAAGCAAUAUCGUCUCAGCCAAAACAAUUGGAGUCGCACCUGUGGCUCCUGACAAGCCGUCACUUAUAACUAUCAACUCUACAUCAAUCGCGAUUCACUUGGACUCGUGGCAUGACGGCGGUUGUCCGUUCAUCGCUUUUGAAGUACGCUUCAGGAGGCAGAAGGACAAGGUAUGGAACGUCGUCGGACACAACAUUCCUCCUCAUCAGAAGCAAAUCAUGUUGAGUGACCUCAUCCCAGGUGUACCUUAUCUGCUUCAAGUAAUAGCGAAGAAUGAGGCAGGCAUAACCGAGGCCGAGUACGACUUCGUCACGCUGCCAGCAGCACAGGCACCAGCCACUCCGUCGUUGGUCGUAGAGAAUGAAGCGACGCCCUUCUACCUUGAGCUCGGCGUCAUUUUGCCUGCCUGCAUUUCUCUCAUUGUUGUCCUUGUCGUGGGAGUCCUCGUAUACUUCGUGCUGCGAAAGCGAUACUCCUCGGACAGCUCCAACAGUGGAAGUUCAGCUUACGGGUCGCGCAAGGCAACCCACCUCCAGGAGUGCCUCCACCUGUCGGAAGUCGACCCGAGCCUCGGUAAGAAGACGAUGUCGCUGGACGGCCGCCUGGACUACUACCCGACGCCGUACGCCACCACCCGCGUCACCGAUAUUGACGAGAGGAAAAUGUCCGAAUGCUCCUACAAGCAGGCCCAGGAGGAACCUCUUUAUGCCACCGUGAAGAGGACGCCUAGGCCUCCUCGGUCGGAUAUCCAUGUCUACAAUUAUCCUGUAUUAAGCUCUGCAGCCGACCUGGGAGACAGGCGGGCAUCAUCUAGUCACUGGAAAAUGGCGACGGCCGUGGUUAAGCUCGACGAUGGAGCGGGAGGCUUAGAGGUCAACCAUUCGCCGUCAAAGAGGUCUCAUCGAAUGUCUCAUAGGUGAAAUGAAAACUAGACCACGGACACAACGCUGUUCCUACUGCGCGACUGAACUCCAAAUGGAAAAAGAAACAACAUUAUUUUUUUCGACAGACGCCAGUUUCGCGCUAUGCUCAGAGACACUUUGCAAACGGCGUGUUCGGUACGGGUGCUGGCCGUCAACGAAAGCAGGAUGUGCUCACCGCGGACUCGUGUGUUUUUUGGACUGAGCACGUGGAGCGAGUUCUGAUCGUGCCUCACUGCGUUCUGACGCCUCGCGAGCCCACCUUCAUCAUCAUUAUCAUCACCACUAUCACACCGACCCUUCAUACAUCUGUGUGAAAGCAGCCUCUUCGUGCAUACAUAUCUUGUCAUGCGGUGUGAUAUCAAGAAACAUGGGAGCGCGAAGGCGAUCUCGAGCGCGUUGAUCGUGUUUUCUUUUUACACAUUGCCUGUUGUUCUUGUCAAGUUGCUCUGUGGUGAUUCUCUCUGGAGAAGAUGCGAACGCUGAUGUUGCAGACGCCAAACAGUACCAACCGCCGUCAGAUUAAUGCGCGUUUUCAUUGUCAUACUUAUAAGCGAAUUUCUAACAAACUGCAGAAGGUGAACACUUACUUCUUAUCGGUGCAGGCGCACUCGAUUUCUACUGCCCUAAAUGGUCCACAUACACCGGGUGUUUCAGCGAACCUUUAAAAUCUUUUGUUAAAGGUUGCCUGUGGCAGACAGCA